CUGGUGGUUCCCAGGAGCUUUCGGGAGCAACUGAUGUCAGUUGCCCAUGAAAUUCCUUUGGCGGGACACCAGGGGAGGGACCGAACACUGAGGCGCCUGACGCAUAACUUUUUUUGGCCCGGAGUGUCGGAUGACGUCCGGACCUACUGUAAGUCCUGUGAUGUGUGCCAACGGCUUGGUCGCCCCAGUGCUCGGGCUCCCCUGAGGUCUUUGCCAAUAGUCGGGGAACCUUUCCAACGAGUGGCCGUGGACAUAGUCGGUCCCCUACCUGUGCCCAGUAGAUCGGGGAAGAGGUACAUCCUCACCGUGGUGGAUUAUGCUACCCGGUAUCCAGAGGCUGUGGCUCUGUCCGCCAUCACUGCGGAAAAGGUAGCGGACGCUCUGCUAGGCAUAUUUAGUAGAGUAGGGUUUCCCAGUGAGGUCCUAACCGAUCAAGGGACGCAGUUCAUGAGUGAUCUGGUCCAGUGUCUCUGGGCGAAGUGCGGAGUGCGCCAACUCCGCACUGCCCCCUAUCAUCCCCAGACUAACGGACUUUGCGAGAGAUUCAAUGGCACUCUGAAGCAGAUGCUACGGGCAUUUGUGACUUCGGAGGGAGGAGACUGGGAGCGAUACCUGCCGCACCUCCUGUUUGCGUAUCGGGAAGUGCCCCAGGAGUCAACCGGAUUCUCACCCUUCGAGUUACUAUAUGGCCGCAGAGUCCAUGGACCUCUUGACCUGUUCCGGGAGUCUUGGGAGGGGGAGCUGAUCCACCAGGAUGAGUCCGUGGUGGAGUAUGUGUUGAAGCUCAGAGAUCGGUUAGAGAAUCUCAUGGGACUAGCGCAAGCGAAUCUUGCGGAAGCACAGUUCGCCCAGGCCUACUUGGAUGACAUUGCUGUCUUCAGCCGAACCUGGGAAGAGCACCUGGGCCAUGUGGGGUUGGUGUUAGAGAGGAUUCGGUGGGCAGGUCUGACCAUCAGGGCAGACAAGUGCCAAAUGGGGAUGACAGAGGUACAGUACCUGGGGCACCGUGUGGGGGGAGGUAAGGUGAAGCCUGAACCAGCGAAGGUGGAGGCGAUCCGCGACUGGCCCCGGCCCACAACCCAGAGACAGGUCCUGGCUUUCUUAGGGAUCGCAGGAUACUACAGACGUUUUGUUCCUGACUUUAGUUCUGUGGCCAAACCCAUGACUGAUCUGACUAAGAAGAAACUCCCCAAGAUAGUUGACUGGACGACCGCAUGUGAGUUGGCAUUCCAGUCGUUGAAAACUGCUCUAGUACAAGCCCCAGUACUGAUGGCGCCGGACUAUAGUAAAAACUUUGUUGUACAAACUGAUGCGUCACAGUACGGACUCGGGGCAGUACUGAGCCAGGAGGGGCCGGAUGGACAGGAGCACCCUGUGGCCUAUUUGAGCAGAAAGCUGCUACCGCGGGAGGUGGGGUAUGCCACAAUUGAAAAGGAGUGUUUGGCUAUUGUUUGGGCUGUGAAGAAGCUUCAGCCCUAUUUGUAUGGCCGCCAUUUUACGGUGGUAACGGACCACAAUCCAUUACGGUGGCUCCAACACACCACGGGGGAAAACGGCAGACUGUUGCGGUGGAGCCUUGCUCUUCAGGUUUAUGACUUCCAUAUUAUCCACAAGCAAGGCAAGGCUCAUAGCAACGCAGACGGACUGUCACGGCAGGAGGAGCCUGAACCCCCAAAGAACUCCCGGUAA